AUGAAUACAGCUCUCGUGAAACCUCCAUCCGACCAGGAAAUCAAGAAAGCUGUUGAUGAGAUAAACCUGGAUAAAGCUCCAGGACCGGACGGCAUGACGGGCCUUUUCUAUCAACUUUUCUGGGAGGUCACAGCUCGAGAGGUGAUCGCAAUGGUAAAGUAUUUCUUCCUCUCGAACUCUUUUGACCCGAGUAUGAAUCAAACGAACAUAUGCCUGAUACCAAAGACGGAGCGCCCGAUGGAGAUGACUGAAUUUCGUCCUAUAAGCUUGUGCAACGUUAGUUACAAGAUCAUCUCGAAGAUUAUCUGUUCCCGUCUAAAGAAGUUUCUACCAAAACUCAUCUCCGAAACUCAAUCCGCCUUUGUGGCGAGACGUCUUAUAUCUGAUAAUAUACUCCUGGCACAGGAAGCUUUCCACGCCCUGCGCACGAACCCCAUGUGUAAAGCGAAGUAUAUGGCGAUCAAAACCGACAUGAGUAAGACAUAUGACAGAGUAAAAUGGUGCUUCCUGGAGGCCCUGCUCCUAAAAAUGGGAUUCGCAGAUAAAUGGGUAUCAUGGAUACACUGGUGUGUCUCUUCGAUUUCAUACCAAAUCCUCCUUAAUGGAGAGCCAAAAGGGAAUAUACAGCCUUCCAGAGGGCUCCGACAAGGCGAUCCUCUAUCUCCCUUUCUUUUCAUCUUGUUGACUGAGGCUUUAAUCUCUCAACUCCGAGGCGCUGAGGAGGAAGGUAGGCUGACAGGAUUAAAGAUAGCUCGAGCAAGCCCAGCGAUCUCACAUCUCCUCUUUGCCGACGAUAGUUUAUUUUUCUGCAAAGCAGAUGUCCAGCAAGCUGCUGAGCUGAUAAGGAUUAUCAAUCUAUACGGGAGAGCUUCGGGACAGCUUCUAAACCCAGCGAAAUCGUCCAUCUCUUUUGGAUACAAAGUAGGACAAGAAGUAAAGAUAGCAAUGAAACAAACCCUGGGUAUUACUAAAGAGGGCGGAAUGGGCAUGUAUCUAGGACUUCCGGAGAAAAUAUGUGGAUCGAAAAGACAGGUCUUUGCCUUCAUCAGAGAUCGUCUCAAUGACCGGAUCAACUCCUGGUCUGCCAAGCUAUUAUCUAAGGGCGGCAAAGAGGGAGCCAUAGCUAAAUUCUGGUGGAGCACAAAAGGAAACAACCGAGGUUUGCAUUGGAUUGCUUGGGAGAAAAUUUGUGUACCAUUGGAGAAAGGAGGACUAGGUUUCAAAGAUCUUCUAAGCUUUAACCUAGCGCUUUUAGCAAAACAAUUAUGGAGGCUGUUACACCAUCCCAAUUCUCUUCUUGCCUGUGUACUUAAAGGAAGAUACUAUCGGCAUAUCAGUCCAAUGGAGGUAAAGAAAUCUAAUUCCCCUUCGUAUGGGUGGAGAAGUAUUCUAGCAGCACAGGACCUGCUAAGAGAGGGACUACGAAAAACGAUCGGCUCAGGCUAUAACACACGGUUUUGGUGCGACCCGUGGAUCCCGACCAUCCCAGCCCGCCCGGCCAUAGAUAUUGGAGUCUAUCGCGACCGGGACCUGUUUGUAAACCAACUGAUCGAUCAGACCUCCAAGCAAUGGCGACCAGAGAUGCUUGAGGCACUAAUAGACCCGGGAGACAUCACUUUGAUUCAAAAUAUUCGUCCCAGCCACAGCUUUCGAGACGAUGGGUAUUGUUGGAUCCAUACGAAAACGGGCCAGUACACAGUCAAGUCGGGGUACAAGCUAGCAACCCAAAUGAAAGAAGAGAAGCAAGACAUCACAGCCCACGAACCGAGCAUCAAUCCCCUAAAAGCUAUGAUCUGGAAACUAAAGGCACCAAAGAAGAUCCAACACUUCCUAUGGCAAGUGUUGUCGGGCUGCAUUGCGACUUGUAGCCGGCUAGCGGACAGACAUUGUGGGAUCGAUAGGUCAUGCCCCAGAUGUGGACAUGAAGAUGAAUCUAUAAAUCAUCUUCUCUUUCUCUGUCCCCCGGCACUCCAGACAUGGGCACUAUCAGAUAUCCCUACCUCUCCGGGAAUUUUCCCGAGCGAAUCUCUAUACGGAAACUUUGAUUAUUUACUCCUGCGCGCAAAAAAGAAUGGAACUCCGGAAGAUAUUCUCGCUAGAUUUCCAUGGAUCGCAUGGUUUAUAUGGAAAGCUAGGAACGAGAAGACUUUCAACGGCAACCAAAUUAUUCCUCCGGAUACAGUACUACACGCUACUAGAGAGGAGGAAAACUGGAGAGUAGCACAAGUUAUUGAGAACAAGGAAGGUGCGGGGGGAACCCAACCCUCAAAUGACAGGAACGAGGAGGACGAGUCACAUUUCCCAAGAUGCCAAGUGGAUGCAUCAUGGGUGACUAAUUCGACAGUUUCUGAAGGAGGUUUUGCUAUGGAUCUGGCGCCGGAUACCCAUUUAUAUGGGUCCAUAGGUAUGGACCAGGUCUUGUCUCCUAUACAUGCGGAGUUUACUAUCUUGCUUCAUGCAAUGACAUACUCCCUACAGCUAGGAGUUACAUCGAUGUCCUAUCAAUCGGAUUGUCUUCAGCUAGUCAAGCUGAUUAACGAUGAAGAAGAUUGA